GUAACUUCCGGCCAGGCCGCUGUUUGGGUGGCGCGGCCGAGUCCUCGCGGGCCUCGCCGCUUCGAGCUUCCACUGCCUUCCCCCCGCCUCGUGCGGGGGGUUGGGCGGCCGCGGGAGGCCGCUCAGACCUUCCCCGCGCCUGCGGUCGGCCCAGCGCCGUGGCUCUGCGCGCGGGGGCCCGGGAUCUGAGGGGCUGCGGCCUACCCGGGCCCGCCGCUCAGCCCCAUGAGGCACAGCCUGACCAAGCUGCUGGCAGCCUCGGGCCGCGACUUCCCGAACCACCGCGACAGCCAGGAGCCGCCCGCCACGCGCGCGCCGCCCGGGGACCCGACUGGGGCAGCGGCGGGGGCGGAGACGCCGAGGCCGGGAUCGCCUGACCGCGAGCAACCUCACGGGGACGGGGGCGAGCCGGAGGCCCGGAGGGGGAGCCGCGGCAGCGUGGCCGUGCGCGCGCCCGCGCCCUCGCCCGUGAAGAUGGAGGAGGAGGAGGAGGACGCGAUCGCUAUGGUCCCCAAAGAAGAGCCAGAGGACAUGGACUUUCUCUCUGGGCUGGAGCUGGCCGAUCUGCUGGACCCUCGGCAGCCGGACUGGCACCUGGAGCCCGGGCUCAGCUCGCCGGGGCCUCUGUCCUCGUCCGGCGGAGGCUCGGAUAGCGGCGGCCUGAUGAGGGGGGACGACGACGACGAGACGGCGGCCGCAGAGAUGCAGCGCUUUUCUGACUUGCUGCAGAGGCUGUUAAACGGCAUCGGAGGCUGCAGCAGCGCCAGUGACCGCGGCAGCGGGGAAAAGAGGCGGAGAAAGUCCCCGGGAGCAGGCGGUGGCGCCAACGACAGCAACCAGGCUGCGACCAAGAGUCCCCGGAAGGCGGCGGCGGCCGCUGCCCGGCUUAAUCGGCUCAAGAAGAAGGAGUACGUGAUGGGGCUGGAGAGUCGAGUCCGGGGACUGGCAGCCGAGAACCAGGAGCUGCGGGCCGAGAAUCGGGAGCUGGGCAAACGCGUGCAAGCACUGCAGGAGGAGAGUCGCUACCUACGGGCUGUCCUAGCCAACGAGACCGGACUGGCUCGCCUGCUGAGCCGGCUGAGCGGCGUGGGACUGCGGCUGACCACAUCACUCUUCCGAGACUCGCCCGCCGGUGACCAUGACUACGCCCUGCCGGUGGGGAAGCAGCCGCAGGAGCUGCUGGAAGAGGACGACGCGGCGGGAGGAGUGUGUCUCCAUGUGGACAAGGAUAAGGUGUCGGUGGAGUUCUGCUCGGCGUGCGCUCGGAAGGCGUCGUCUUCUCUUAAAAUUUUCUUUUUUAGGUGAUUUCCUUCCUGCCAGGCUCCGUUGUAGGGGUUACAGAACAGUCGUUCCCGCCUCACAACCUGUGGAUACAGCUGUUGGGGCAGAAGAGACGGGACCAGCUGCUGGCCACAUUUCCUGCUUUAUUUUAAAAGCUUAGCAGUAUCUGCAAAAACGAAUCUUUUCCUACAACCUGUUAACUGACUGGACUGAUGGUAACAGUAAUUGUGGGAGCCAUGUCGGUCAAAAAUUUGGCAUCUGCUGAAAAACAUGAAUGCCAUUUCCAAGGUCCCAAAUUACUUCUAUACUGAUUACACUUUCCAGAAAUGGAGAUAUGAAAAGAUUCUCUGGAAUGCUUGAAAGACUUAAUAGAAAUCCAUGAGACUAAGUUAAUUUUUGGAACAAAAUUACAUCUUUUUUUUCCAUUCAUGGCAGUAACACUAAAUUUAUCGCAUACUUUUAAAAAAAUUGUAACCAUUGGAGAAGAGAAUUAUAGUGUUUCAUCAAGAAACAUUAGAUUUUUACACAAUCAAGGACAUUCUGUGGCAUUAGACUUAGUGGGUUAGAAUGACAUAAAUAGGCUAGCAGUGAUCACAAACCUUGUGAGUUUGUAUUCUGGAAUGUAAAGAGCCGCUUUGGAAGACAGACACCUUGCUGAGUAGAAUAAAGUCCUUAACUAAAAGAUUAGUGUUUUAAAAUAGAUGCAUUGAUUGUAUGUUUUGAAAAAGUGAUUCCAAUAAUGUGUGGGUGCUAAUUUAGGGUAUCAUGAGCAUGUGUGCAAUCUCAGGGUUUGGCAUGUUGGAUGUUCUGAGUACUUGAUCUCGUUGAAUGUGUUGAGGUUUCUGAUGAAUGAUACAGUUUCUGCUGUUCUGUGAUAAAAUUUCUGUAGUAUUCUGUAAGGAUCUUUAUAUUCUGGAUGAUACUGGCUAACUUCAUGAGUAAAAAAGCACUUAGAACCCAAUUAUUUUUCAUUAUUGUUGGACUAUGCUAAUGCAUCUUUCAUUUGGCCUAGAUUGAAUUACUUUUUGGUUCACUUGGGAAAUAUGCAAGAUGAAGAGGGAGAUGAUAGGAAGUAGUGUUAAUUACACUGUAACUUUGAUACACAAAAUCUAUUCAGGUUGCUUUUUUUGUUUUUGUAUUCGUCUACAUGUUCAGUGCCCAGAAAGCCAAAGAGUAAAGGGACUUUGCACAGACUUCUCUUUAAAGUGACUGAUGCUCCUACAGUACAAACCUUGAAUACAACCCUGACAGAACAGUGUGGAUAAUUCACUAAAAUGUAAUAAUAUGCAGUUACCUAGUUGAGGCAUUCUGAAGGUAGAGAUCAUUUUUCUUAACUAAAUCAACAUUAAUAGGUAAUAACUUGCAUGUGUUUUCCCCUCCUUUGUAAGUUGAUUUCUAAGUUUCGAGACUUACCUUUAUAUUUUUAUUGUGCUUCUGGGUUAGUUCUCCCCCACUCCAUUUAUUUACUUAGGAAUUAAAAAGGCCACUACAAGAAUUUAAAUACCAUCAUGAGUAGGCUCCAUAUUUAACCAGUCACCCUUAUCAUUUUUUUUACAAUGCUAUGUUUUUGUAAAAACUAAUUUAUAGAUACAGUCACUAUGUUUAGUACAUUGUAAUACUGCCAGUGUAACAAUUUGAAUUUUACUGUAGCACAAAAAUGUUCUCAAAUUUUGUAUCAUCCUCUUAGGGUCAAAUUCCUAUACCUCUCUGGCUUACUGUACUAGAGUUUGAGUUGAAUACUAUGUGUACACACAUAUCCUUAAAUAUAAUGAAUAUGAAUACUCCUACAGCCAUGUGCCUAGUCAGAGCAAACUGCAAGAUUCAAGGUAGUUUUAAUCAUCUGUCUACUUUAACUAGACAGAAAUCUUAACCAUUUUCCUCAGUGAGGCAUUGUUCUUAAGUCUGAGCUACAAAGAAAGAACUAAGUUUCCUUAGGUUUUGAUAUGCCAUGUACUUGCCUUCUGAACAGUUUUUUUUUUUUUUUUUGGUAGACUUGUAGCAAUAGGCUAAGCAUUCAUUGCCUGGCUACCCAUUUCUGCUAGUUAAAAGACUUGACUAUGUAGCAGAGGGAAGAGGUUCAUGAAUCCUUUUGUGAUGGAAAAGAUAAAACACAUUUACAGCUAGUGUGUUAGGAGUAAAGUCCUGGGAUAGUUUUAAGCAUAGUAAACAGUUUGCACUUAUCAAACAGCUUGGUUAUAUCACUGGAUUUUUAAUUACUAAGUUGAUUACACACUAUCUGUAUUGCUUAAGAAAUCUAAUGUAAUUAUUUUAAUAAAUUAUUUUUACCUUGAUCAAUUGAAUUAAGCAUUAAGUAAAAGUGAGAAUGUAGGUGGGCAGCUUUGUAUCAGAAAGCCUUUGCUUUUGCUGUUAUUCCUUGUAAAAUAGGCAAUCAUACAAAACACAUUUUCACAUUGCAGUUCUAAAAGUAAAGCAUACUAAAUCUUGGGAACUCUAGAAAGAAAGAAAAAGAAAUCACAUAACUAACCCAGAGGAAGAUACACUUUUUUCUCCUGGAAACUUCCUUCCCUAAUAAUUAUACUUUAAAAAAACUGGAUAGAGAAUAUAUUUCAUGUGCUUUUUGAAAGAACAAAUUGUAGCAUUCCGAAAACUGCUAAAUUUGACUAAAAUUUUUGUAGUGGCCUUUUUGUUGAUGGAGACAGGGUCUUGUAUUGGACUAGAAAUCACUAGCCUCAAACUGAGAGAAUGGCCCUGCUUUUUCUUCCCAAUUGCUAGGCAUACCUGUGUAUUUUUUUUUUCUUUCAAUAAAAGCCUAUUUAACAUG